GUGAUCAAAUUUUGGGAAUGUCGAGCGCCGUGGAUGCUGCCGGAGAUCCGAUACCAACAUCAGCGGUGCUGAUGGCGUCGUCGAAGCAGAUUGCGUUCAGAUGCCAAGCGGAGAACGUAGCUUUCCUCAAGUGCAAGAAGAAUGACCCAAACCCUGAGAAAUGUCUCGAUAAGGGCCAGCAAGUUACUCGAUGUGUCCUUGGCCUGUUGAGAGAUCUUCACCAGAAGUGCACAAAAGAGAUGGAUGAUUAUGUUGGAUGCAUGUAUUACAAUACAAACGAGUUUGAUUUAUGUCGCAAAGAGCAGCAAGCAUUUGAGAAAGCAUGCCCUUUGGAAUGAGAUCUUGGUCCAACUGUUUCAAUUGUUGCAAUAAUUUGGACAAUUUUGCAGUGCUGUUGUUUCAAUUCAAUCAGUUCUGAUAUGGUUCUUUAAGAUUUAUCUUAUCUUCUUUGUAUGUUAAAAAGAUUUUUCUGAGGAAUAAUGCAUUAAGCAUGGAUAUGUUAAAACCAUAAUUUGCAGAUAUCGAUUGAUGUUUUCGUUUCUCA